CGAAGAACAAGAUUGCAUAAGCCCUGUUUUCCAAGGAAAUCAGGCUUAAAUAGCAAGGCUUUCAAAUGAAGUGAUGCGAUGCUCUUUACUGAAGCUGGCAGACUCAUCUCACAGCUCUAGUUAGGGAGCUAUUUAACUUGGGGAUAAAGUUUGGUUUUCUAAAAGUCAAUCAAAAGUUUCCGAAGCGCUUUAAGAACAGCACAGGUGUAUCUUGUUUUCUUUUGGUUUUGAUGCUCUGGCAAUGUGGAGAACUGAGAAACAUCCUGGGUACAAAGGAAUAAAAUUCUACAUGUUCUGAUAAUCUUCAGCCAUCUCCCUGUUUAAUCUUCUGGUUUUCUUCUGUAAAAGACACAAAGCAACUAGCCAUGUCUCAAGCCGUGCAGACAAACGGGACGCAACCUUUAAGCAAAACAUGGGAGCUCAGUUUGUACGAAUUACAAAGAACACCUCAGGAAGCAAUCACCGAUGGCUUGGAAAUAGUGGUGUCGCCCAGGAGCCUGCACAGUGAACUGAUGUGUCCCAUUUGUUUGGAUAUGUUAAAAAACACCAUGACGACAAAAGAAUGUUUGCAUCGCUUCUGUGCUGACUGCAUCAUUACAGCCCUCAGGAGUGGCAACAAAGAAUGUCCCACAUGUCGUAAAAAACUAGUUUCAAAACGAUCACUGAGACCAGAUCCAAAUUUUGAUGCUCUCAUCAGUAAAAUUUAUCCAAGCCGAGAUGAAUAUGAAGCUCAUCAGGAGAGAGUGCUAGCAAGAAUCAGCAAGCACAAUAACCAGCAAGCUUUAAGUCACAGCAUUGAGGAGGGAUUAAAGAUUCAGGCCAUGAACAGGUUACAGAGGGGCAAGAAACAACAGAUUGAGAAUGGCAGUGGAGCGGAAGAUAACGGUGACAGUUCCCACUGUAGCAAUGCCUCAACACACAGCAAUCAGGAAGCAGGGCCUAGUAAUAAGAGGACCAAAACAUCGGAUGAUUCUGGGCUAGAACUGGACAAUAACAACGCAACUGUGGCAAUAGACCCCGUAAUGGAUGGUGCUAGUGAAAUCGAAUUAGUUUUCAGGCCUCAUCCAACCCUCAUGGAGAAUGAUGACAGUGCACAGACGAGGUACAUCAAGACCUCAGGCAAUGCCACCGUUGAUCACUUGUCCAAGUACCUAGCUGUGAGACUGGCUUUGGAAGAGCUUCGUAGCAAAGGAGAAUCAAACCAGAUGAACCUUGACACAGCCAGUGAGAAGCAGUACACCAUUUACAUUGCUACCGCCAAUGGGCAGUUCACUGUAUUAAAUGGGUCAUUUUCCUUGGAACUGGUCAGUGAGAAGUACUGGAAAGUGAACAAACCCAUGGAACUGUACUAUGCACCAACAAAGGAACAUAAAUAAGCUGUGGUGGAAAACUGAGAUGGGACUAACUCUUUUUAUAGCUAUGACUUCUUUAAUAUUAAAAAGAAGGCACCACCAUUAUCUUCAUGGACAAUACACAUGAUGCCUUCAGGCUCUCUCAGUAUACUUAUUAAUAUGAUUAGACAGUAUUCUGGGUUGUAUUUAAUUUAGUCUUUGGUUUGGGCUUUUGGUUUUUCCCUAGGAGACUAAAUGACCUUCUCCAGUGCAUUCCAGUGUUUGACAUGCUUUUUUGUUCCUAAUGCAUGAUAACUGAACGAGUGUUCCGGUUUGGAAUGUCUUAAUUUUGUCCAGGUAAAUCUGGAUUUCUAAUACAUUUGACACAGUUAUAGUAGCCUCUGUGAAGUAUUGAGCAUUGGAUGGCUGAGUAAGUCUAUUCAAUAGUAACAUAUGCCAAGGAAUGUGUUAAAUGUUGUAAUUUGCUAAUGGCUGUCCAUAUAAAAGAUUGGUAGAGAAUUGAUUUCUGAUAGUCUUGCAGCUAGAGGUAAUCCGAUUCCCUAGAAAAGAUGUAUUAAUAAUUUUCUUGUGAAGAGAGCUGUAGUGAGAAAGCGGACACUUUUAAAACCUUGCCGUUUACUGGGCUUAACACUUCAGUGCAAGGUGAUUUAUGAGAUUGGUUUGCUUUUUAACAAAUAUUUCAGUCGAGAAAACUCCCAACAACCUAACCCCGUAACUCCUCCCUGUGUCGAACACACCAAUCUUGAUGCAUUCUGCAGUUUCCCGUCUGGCCCUGUUGCAGUGUUACCCUGUCCUCGCAGGCUUCAUUGAAGAUGAUCUCUUGGAAGUUCUCUGCUCCCUAGAAUAACAAAUUUGCAUUGUGAAUGUAUUGGAAUGUUCUCUAAAGAACUGUCCUGAAAACUUUUUUUUUUUUUUUUUUUUUUAAAGCAAAUCCCCAAAAUUCCAGCACACAGACUUAAUGCAACAUUGAAAUGCUUUGCUUUGUGGAAUUUCUGCUACCCCAGCUGUGAACUUACCUGGGCUUCAGUUUGAGUAGGGAGGACUUCAACUGUAAGCUGCUCAAAGAUUUUAGGUUUCUGUUUUGUUUCUUUUCUUUUUUCUUUUUUUUUUUUCCCCCCAUAGCUUUAACAAAUGUGGCUUAGCACUUUGGAAGAUGAUUUUAGUACUUGACAAAGUUUACCGUUUAGUGUCUUAAAUUUAGGUUCAAGUUUUAAAAAACUUGGCAGUAGGCUGUUGUGUAAAAGUCCAGUAGCUACUUUUUAUUUGCAUGUUAAAUUCCUCUCCCCUUGCUCUGGACCUUGCUGUCACUUACUGGGGGUUGCUUUACCUAUUGGCAUUGUGUCCUAAGGGAAAUGACGCCACCAUGAGAUUCCCUUUGCUGUAAGACUUGCUGAUGAAGCCUUCACCCAUUUGCACCUGAAGCUAGCAGGAAAAGUUGCUAUGAUAGGUGGGAAUAUACUUUAAACCGUACGGUUGUGCUCCUUCUUUGUCUUGCCUGUAGUUAAGACUGGUUUUGGCAUGUGGUACGUAAGUAUUCAGAUGCUUGGGGAUUCUCUGGGGAGGGAAAUGCCCUUCCAUCACUUCUGUCUUUCAAGCUUAGCACUUGUAAAAAUGUGUCCAUUCCAACUGAUGUUUCAGAUCAGCUUUAUCCCAAUGUGAAAACUGCACAGGCUUCUUUGAGUAACUUUUAUAAUUUCCUUUUACUGGAAACUUUUUUUGUGUGUGACAUGAAAUGGCAGUUUCCAGGCCCCAGAAUGCCGAGGGGGCAGCUUUCAAUGACAUGCGUUAUUCAUGACUUUCUGGUGAAAUGUUGCAUUGUAUAGACUAGUAGUGCAUGUCCACUAAGUAUAAUCUGGGGGGUGGGGGAUUAUAAACGCUUUAAAAUUUAUGGGGAAACUUCUAGAUUAGUUGCAGCAUACCUUCCCAUUGUGAUAGCUAAGGUAAUGUCCAGUCCCUUAAGCAAGAGAGGUGUUUGUGAAGCUGAGCAGUCUGUCUAGGAGCUGUCUGUCACUUUGUCCCCAGUUCUUUAAAAAGCGUGGGAGAAUGUGAAGCUUUUAUUUUCAUGUUGUAGUGAAUUUACUGAAUAUUUAUGUUCUUUAAAUAUUAUAUAUAUAUAAUGUAGUUGUUUGAUUAAACCAUUGAUUGCACUGUGA